GCCGCCGGCUCUAGGGUAGAAGGUCUUCACCUGACCGCCUGCGCCCGCGCCGCCUGGGAAGGUAGCAGAACGGCGGACCGAGGGAGUGGGCCUGGAGCCCUGAGGGGUGAGGGGACUUGGGUUCUGGACCGCGACUGCAGCACUGAAGGGGCGGAGGGGACAUCACGAGGCGUAAGGGAGCCCCGGGACAUGGCGCGGGGGGACGGGGAGGUGGGGUCGCCGAUGGCGCCCGGGCACCCGCUGCCGAAUGGAUUCCUCCCGGUGCCGCAAGAAGCACCCCCCGGGGAGAAAUUGGAGCAGCAGAAUGAGUCCAAAGACGGCUGCCUGCUGCUUAACGGGGUCUCCCAGGACAGCCCCGCAGCCGCUUUGGGAGGGCCGCAGACUCUGCUGGUCCCAGAAGAGGAGACUCAGGCCCGGCUGCUGCCCACCGACGCUGGCUCGGAGACCCCGGGGGCCGAGGGCGCGGCGCUGCUCCGGACUGCACUGUCCUCGCGGCGCUUUGUGGUGCUGAUGAUCUUCAGCCUCUACUCGCUGGUGAACGCCUUUCAGUGGAUCCAGUACAGCAUCAUCAGCAACGUCUUCAAGAACUUCUACCAAGUCUCGCUGCUGCACAUUGACUGGCUGUCCAUGGUGUACAUGCUGGCUUACGUGCCCCUCAUCUUCCCAGCCACCUGGCUGCUGGACAUCAAAGGCCUGCGGUUCACCGCGCUGCUGGGCUCAGGCCUUAACUGCCUAGGCGCCUGGGUCAAGUGCGGCAGCUUGCAGCCGCACCUCUUCUGGGUCACCAUGCUGGGCCAGUGUCUUUGCUCCGUGGCCCAGGUGUUUAUCCUGGGCUUGCCUUCCCGCAUCGCCUCGGUGUGGUUUGGGCCCAAGGAGGUGUCCACAGCCUGUGCUACAGCCGUGUUGGGCAAUCAGCUUGGAACUGCAGUUGGCUUUUUGCUACCACCGGUUUUAGUGCCCAACACAAACAGUACCAGUGUGGCUUCUAAUAUCAGCACCAUGUUUUAUGGAACAUCAGUUGUUGCUACUCUUUUACUUAUUCUGACAGCCAUUGUAUUCAAGGAGAGACCUCAGUACCCACCAAGCCAGGCUCAAGCAGCUCUUCGGGCUAGUCCACCUGAAGACUACUCCUACAAGAAGUCUAUAAUAAAUCUAUUUAAAAAUAAAGCUUUUGUUCUUCUGUUGAUAACCUAUGGUAUCAUGACUGGAGCAUUUUAUUCAAUCUCAACAUUAUUAAAUCAAAUGAUAUUGACAUAUUACCCGGGGGAAGAGGUAAACGCUGGCAGGAUUGGGCUCACUCUGGUGGUGGCCGGCAUGCUGGGCUCUAUGCUUUGUGGCCUGUGGCUGGAUUACACCAAAGCAUACAAACAGACUACUCUCAUAGUUUACAUUUUAUCUUUCUUGGGAAUGGUUGUGUUUACUUUCACGUUGGACCUUGGAAAGAAGGUGAACAUGGAAAAUAACAUUAUCAUCCUGUUUGUUACUGGAGGGAUACUUGGUUUCUUCAUGACUGGCUACCUGCCCUUGGGGUUUGAAUUUGCUGUUGAAAUCACUUACCCCGAAUCGGAAGGCACGUCUUCUGGUCUUCUGAAUGCUUCUGCACAGGUAUUUGGAAUUUUUUUCACAUUGGUUCAAGGAAAGCUCACAUCAGACUACACCCCACAGGAAGGAAACAUUUUCCUCUGUGUUUGGAUGUUUGCUGGCAUCAUCUUAACAGCACUCAUCAAGUCUGACCUGAGAAGACACAACAUAAACAAAGGAAUUACAAAUGUUGAUGUUAAAGCUGUGCCAAUGGACAGUCCUGUGGAUCAAGAGCCACAAAUUGCAUUGUCCAAGCAGUCAAACUCAUCACUCUGAGGUGAAAGGAGAAGUCCGUCUCCUGCAGUCACUGGGAUAGCGUGUGUUGACCGUGGAGAGCCAGACGGGCAACGAGGCUGGGUUUAUAGGUGGUAGAGAACACACACAUACGUGGAAGUUGCUGUAUACACUCAGUGCACAACUGUCAGUUUGCUUUAUUGUUUGAAGCAAUAUUUUUGUCUGAAAUACUUUGCUGAAUCACGCUAACACCACCAUCUCUCUGACCAUGCCCCAUUUCCAGCCGUUUGUUAUGUCUGAAAGUGAGCUCCUGACAUUUGCUUCACAAACAACAGGUGCUUACUUUUGCGUUAGAAAAUGGAAGUUUAGAAGACUUUCCCAAAUGAUACUCUGGAAGUCCAGUCUAGUGAGACACACUGAGGGACAUUCAGCUUAGACAUAAAACUACGCAGCGGGACCACUGUGCCAGUGCUGCGCGCUGGCCAGCUUGGUGUUCACCGUCAGUACCAUCCAGCUGAGGAUGAUGUCCCAGCAUGAUGCUGCUACUGCACCUGAGGACAGAAUCGGGACUGGGCUUCCAGAUGACCUCUCAGAUUUGUUUGUCCCCAUCUCUUGUGCUCCUGUGCCAGGUACUUUCAGUGGACCACAAACAUUCUGGAUGUAGUUUCCACCCGUGACCCUGGCUUGAGGAUCGUGUUCUCUUAAAGCUAAGGAACCCAGAUACAAGCACAAUAUCUUGAGUUUUUGCUUCCGAUCGCGGAUAAAUGCCUCGCCUAUAUUUUUUCAGUCCAACUUGAAAUGGGAUAGUUUUAUAUGUGUUGCUUUUGUUUUUUUUUUUACUCUAUUCAUUAUUUUCAAUUUAUAAUUUUAUAAUAAGAUUAUUUCAUCCUAAUGACUAGUUAUCACUUUUCUUCUAUCACUUUCUAUGCUAUGCCUUGAUGUUUUCUGGGAUAAAGAAAUCUGUAAUAGCUUCAGCCAGCCCAGGUGUCCCCUUUUAAUGGUGACCUCUGGAAACAUGCUGUUCUUACCCUGCAGGGGCAGGUGUAUGGCCAUCCUCCUUUGAGGUGGUAGCACCAUGCCCAGGCACCUACUCCAUCAGCACAGGGAGAAAUUGGCUUCUCCUCCCCAGAAUGUGUAAAGGCUACUACGCUGAUGGAAUAGUCUGCCUUUUAACAUGCUCAGGGUAAGGAGAAUAGGACCAAAUGUAUUUCCACAGUGCCUACCACUGUGUUUUGUUUACAGUGAGAAUUUAAAUGUUGAUAUUCUCACGCCUCUAAGCUUGUGGGGAAUAUCUCCAUGUCGAUGACACUGAUCUACCAUAAUAUUCACAUUAUGUCCACACGCACAAGAAAGGCCGAUCAGGUAAUGGGUAUUCUUAGAGUGAAUAUCACUUGAUUUAAGCAGGUUUAUCUUGAAAUGAUGAAAUCCUAUGUCAUCCGAUGACUAUAAAGGACAUAGAUCCUGACUCUGGAGAACGUGUUAUCAGAAGAACUUUAGCUAAGAAUCAGGAACUUAAUGAAUGUAUUCUUUGUGAUCGCAAAGAUCUUAAAAGUAGAAGCAUGUUCAUAUGGAUUAAAACAAAUCUUGGUGCCACAGGAACUAAAACAAAACAAAAAAAACAAAAAAACAAAAACCACACUAGAGCAAAGUUUCUCUGGACAGUGGCUCAACAACAGUGAUUAUUUUGCGAAUGUGAGCAUCUUUCAAAGUUCUCUGUGCUUGGCAGGGAGCCGGAGGGAGCACAGGCCAGGCAUGCCUGGCCCUUAGUUAGGUUAGAUACUUACCGUCCAGGUGACAAGUGGCUAAAAGUGUAUUUUGAGACUUGGUAUCUCCUUCUAUAAUCACUGGGGUUUUUUUUAUUGUUAAAUUAUUAAUAUUAUCUAAAAUAGUCAUGUGAUUGUUGAGUUCUUCAGAUUCUGAACAAAUGACAUGUCAAAGCUGGAAUACUGCAUUUUGGAAACUUUAUAGUCUGUCAUCUGUAUUUUUCCCUGAUGAUUAGAAAAGGGAUGAAAUAUGUGAGAAAAUACAAACAGAACUGAUUGUUUUUCUGUAUUUUGAAUGAAAAUUAUAAUGUGAAACAAAGAUGUCAUAACUUUGGAAUAUGGAGGAGGUACUGUCACCGUGUAAAUGUUCUGUCAAAUCAUUUUAGGGAAGAAAUGCUUUCCAAAAGCUGUUGCAUUUGCAAGUGUUGCAAAUGUUGCUUUUGUCUUUUGGAAAUGCUGGAGAAAUGUCUUCAAAAGUAUGUGUGUACGAGACAGAAUGCCUGUAGAUCUUCAGUCUUGAUUCACAUUCCAAGUUUUUGCUCCUUGCAAUUAUUUAUCUGUAUGCUUAUUCUUCCGUACUUAAGGCUCAAAAUAUGUUUAUUUUUUUAAAUGUU